AUGGACAGGUCUCGAGAUUUGAAGAAUAAAACGAUUCAGAAAUCGAUCGAGCUCAAAGAUAAUAUCUCCAAGAUCCUCCCUCCGGAUAUCCACGAGAAUAUAUACACUCUACCCAACUUCCUUACGCUCACAAGACUUAUAUGUGCACCAGUAGUCGGAUACAUGAUUAUCCAUAAGAUGACUACAGGUGCUCUUAGUCUUUUCGUUUACUCCUGUAUUACAGAUUUCUUUGAUGGACUUAUAGCAAGACACUGGGAUUUGAAAUCCGUCGUCGGCAGCAUUCUUGACCCUAUUGCUGAUAAGGCUUUAAUGAUCAUCUGUACUGUCUGUCUAUCGAUAACCUCCGAAAUUCCUCUGUAUUUGGCUAUUCUUAUAUUGGGAAGAGAUAUUAUGCUUGGAUUGGCUGGUGUGGUGGUGAGAUACAUUACAUUACCGGCUCCAAAGACCCUGCUAAGGUACUUUGAUUUUAGCAUCAUUUCUGUUGAAGUUCGGCCUUCCAUGAUCAGCAAGGUUAAUACCGCUCUUCAGAUGGUCUACUUAGGUACUAUAAUGAUUAAACCGUUGGCCAUGAUUUACUUGGGCCAGAAUUACGGUGAAGAUGCCACUGGAAUUCUGCUAUCUCUGAUUAAAUACUUCGAAUGGAUUGUGGCUACCACUACCACGUGGAGUGGACUAUCCUAUUUAUUUGGCAGGAAAGCUGUCAAGAUAUUGCUACCAAAGAAAUAG